UGCUGCCUUUGAGGAACAUGAAGGUGGAGUGUGCAUGGGGACCCCUCAGAAGUGAAAAUCAGUACUGGAAAGAUGGCAGUCAAUGUCUGGAGGACAGGACCAGGAACGGAAGAAGACAAAGCGGAGGGGAGACCUGUAUUCCAUCCAGACCUCUCUCAUCGUGGCUGCCCUCAAGAAAAUGCUGCCCAUUGGUUUGAAUAUGUGCACGCCAGGCGAUCAGGAGCUAAUCUCCCUGGCCAAAUCUCGAUACAGCUAUAGGGACACAGAUGAAGAGGUGAAGGAACAUCUGCGGAAUAACCUGCACCUGCAGGAGAAGUCUGAUGACCCAGCAGUAAAGUGGCAGCUGAACCUCUACAAAGAUGUUUUAAAGAGUGAAGAACCUUUCAAUCCAGAAAAGACUGUAGAGCGUGUUCAGAGAAUUUCAGCAGCUGUCUUCCACCUGGAGCAGGUGGAACAGCCUUUGAGGUCCAAGAAGGCGGUCUGGCACAAACUGUUGUCAAAGCAGCGGAAACGGGCAGUGGUAGCCUGUUUCAGGAUGGCCCCUCUCUACAACCUGCCCAGACACAAAAUUAACAAUUUCUUCCUGACCACCUUUCAACGGGUUUGGCUGGAAAAGGUUAAUGAAAAAACUCAGUAUGACAGGCUUAUACCCAUUUUAAUGAAAUCCCCCAAGGUGGAAGAGGAGGAGGAAGAGGAGACAGAAAAGCAACCAGACCCACUUCAUCAGAUCAUUCUCCAUUUUAGCCGCAAUGCUCUCAUGGAGAGGAGCAAAUUGGAAGAUGACUCCUUGUACACGUCCUAUUCCAGCAUGAUGGCUAAGGUACACCUGCGUUUCUGCCCAUUGUCUCAGGCUGUCUUCCCUUUUACCUCUGCAGACACACGGAAACUGUCAUUUUGAACAGCGGGGUGUAGGACUCGGUCAUGACCUGGGCUGCAGGCACUGCACAGUUCAUGUACCACAGGGGUGACAUUGGCAAACCAUCCCACCGUCCUCGUAAGGAAACCCUGAAGCUUUGCUGAGACGGUGGGUGCCACUGGCUUGUUCACCUGGCGGCUCCAGGCCAGCUACGUGGAGUUCAGGCUUACAGACUAUCCUUACAUUUCCAGUCAACGUUGAGAACACACCCAAAAAUUCAAACAUACCUGUAGGUGAAGGAAGUUCAGUACCUUUGGAAAUAGGCUUUAGAAACUGGAACGAGAUCCUAGUGCUCUGGCAGAGGUGAGUGACCUUAUUCCUAUGUCACGUAGAGGGACAGUGGCCUCUGGAAUGCUGAGUGGUAAGGGAACUCCUCCUUCUCAAAUGGGGAACCUUCACGUCCAGCAGAAAGAGAGAUAUGUGGGGGGACGGGAGCACCUGUUCCUUUACUUGCUGCACCACAGGGUCACAAUGGGAAGGGGCACCGUAGGAUUCACAUCCUGGGUAUCUCCAGUCUUCUUGCCGAGCCCCUGGCUCUUGUGUAGAAAGGGACAGCUCCCUGCACUCCCGGCUUCAUGUACACCAGAACUUUACUAGGUAGAAGAGUUCAGGUCUGUGGUUAAACCAGAUAGGUCCCUAUUGACUGCGUGAACUCAGUGUUCCCAUUUCUCAUUUCUGAACCCCUUGGUAACUGCAAAGAAGACAUUUUGAGUAGACUGUUGCCCUGCAGUGGUCAAAAUGUUCUUGGUUUUACCAAGUGCUGAAGUCCUUAGGGGCCUGUGAAUUACAUCCCAUCCCCUGCCCUUGCUCGGGAGAACAGUCUCAUUUGUUAGACUCACCUUUCUUUGUCUCCUCCUUUGCCUGCUCCAUGGAAUCCAGAGUUGUCAGAGUGGGGAGGACGAAGAAGAGGAGGAAGACAAGGAGAAAACAU